GCCAUGUCUGGUCGUGGCAAGGGCGGAAAAGGUCUGGGGAAGGGGGGCGCUAAGCGUCACCGAAAAGUGCUGCGCGAUAACAUCCAGGGCAUCACCAAACCCGCCAUUAGACGUCUGGCGCGGCGCGGAGGUGUCAAGCGCAUCUCCGGUCUCAUCUACGAGGAGACUCGCGGGGUGCUCAAGGUCUUUUUGGAGAACGUGAUCCGGGACGCGGUCACCUACACCGAGCACGCCAAGCGCAAGACGGUCACCGCCAUGGACGUGGUCUACGCGCUCAAGCGCCAGGGGCGCACCCUUUACGGCUUCGGCGGCUAAAAGUACGGUCUCCAUCACACGCAAAACUUAAACCAAAAAGGCCCUUUUCAGGGCCGCCCACAGA